AUGUUGAAAGCACAUCAAUCUUUCUUACUUAUUUUACUUACAAUCAUUGCCACCAAAUCCUACGCUAUUUCUUCCUGUAUUCCCAAUACUCCAUGUCAAUGUUAUCUGACACAGUAUUCACUUAAACUGUUGAAUUGCUCAUAUGCAUUAUCGGAUCUAUUGAUACCUGAUUUGAAAAUUCCACAAAAUAUAACAAGAAUCAUUGCUACUAAUGCGUUGAUCCGUUGGCCAAGUCAAUUAUGCAAAUAUGCAAAUAUUCAAAUACUUGAUUUAAGUGGGUCCUAUUUUAAUUUUCAAUUCAUUGAUUUAUCCUGUUUAACACAUUUAAUACAUUUAAAUUUAAGUAACACACAAUUACAUGAAAUUCCACAUUUUAAAAACGAUGUAUCGAAUCAUUUACAAAUUCUCGAUCUAUCAAAUAAUCAUUUGAAAACUAUCGAUGGCAUCUAUUUUCAAUCGUUAAAUAAUUUAAUUUCAUUAUUUUUACAAAAUAAUCCAAUUGAAUCUAUUGUACAUUUAGAAGUUCUAUUUAAUUUAGCAAAUAUCGAAUCAAUUAAUUUAAUUUCAUCAAAUCUAGAUCUCACGCUGAAACAACCGUUAACUCUAAAUCAAUGGAGCGACAUAGUUAGAACAUGGAAUAAUACAUCGAAAUCAUUUUCUAUUCGAAUGAAAAAUAUUCCAUUACAAACAAUAAUACCAGCUGCAGAUAAAUUUCAAACGAUCUCGAUUGAUACAAUGAAAAUUAUCUUAAAAACACUUAUCAAUUCAACAUUUAUGACUAUGUACAAUACACCAAAAUGUGAUUGUUCAAAUCUUCGAACUUAUCAACGAAUGUUUUCAUUUGUAGAUCAUCAAAGAAAAUAUUCAUCCUCAUUAUUUCAAUCAACAACAUGUCUUAUGUCCGAUAGGAUAACUCAUGCUCGUUUAUUCGAUCGUCGGACAUACAUUGAUUUGCGAUGUCCAUUAUUAGGACGAAUGUCUUUUUUCCCUUUACUAGCAAGCUCAUCUACAUCAUCGCACUAUGCAUUGGUUCCUUUUGUAGUAUUUUGUUUAUUUUUAUUGUGGAUCGAGAAAAAAUUUUAA